GAGGUCAAUGUGGCGCUCAUUUUUCAUAGUUCUGGCACCUUUGGUGCUGGCGGUUCGUGAUGGUCACCAAAACAAGGAGUCCCAGCUUGUCGAUUUGGAUUCAGAAAGAGGCUUCUCAAUGAGAAUUAUCGUCGAGAUCAAGCAUGCUGGCAGUUGUUCCGUGUUUGGCAGCCCUGACAGAGUCUUGAAAGUCAUCAUCCGGGACACCAAUGUCCCCUCGCGCUUCUAUCAAACGAUCGAGAAGAACUUUACCACAUCUUCCUACGUAGACGUGCAGCUCGUGAAGGCGAUGCUGCCAGAUGUGCCUGACUCUGCCAAGCUGAUGGCAACCGUCGAUGUGAAACAGCGGAGCCGCUUCAAGUUGAUGGGCUGGCACCAGUGCGGCAAAAAGUCUGUCAACGUCAACUUUGCCGGCAGCAAAGUCCACAUCCUGUCCUACAAGAAGGAACGCAAGAAUUUCUUCUACCAGAAAGUCCAGCUCGACUUCGAGAAAAUUGGAGCCCAGGCGUCUUCUUUGCUGAAGGUGAACUCUGUGUAUGAUGCGCUGGACAUGGGCGACACAGAGAAGAAGGACUUGACUGAGCUGACCGAACUCUCCGACUUGUCAACAACCUCGGAGGAAGAUCCUAUUGAUGUGGUUGACAUGGAGGAGAUUGCAGAGAACAAGAAUCCUACUGCAAAAUGUGAUGACUGCAUUUUCCGCUUGGGCCUGGGCUUCGAGGGUUUGCUGGCAUGGCACCUGAACGACGUCAUAGCAGCACUUUGUUCGAUGGACGAUUGCAGCGAAGACUGUAAGGGAGAAUGGGAAGGCGUGACCAUUGGCUGCUCGAAGGACCCAACCUUCUACUACAACAUGAAGAAAGGCAUUGUGACACACUAUGUCGCACCCUAUCUCGAGCUGCAAAAAGAGAAGAAAAUGGCAGAGAAGACAGCCAACAGCCAGGAAUUGAUGCUGGCCAAGCAGGCUGAGGAAGAGUCCAGCAGGGCCACAAAAGAGGAGGACGAUCAUCCAAGCGCUGAAGACCCUUCGGUGAAGGCAAUGAAGGAGUGUCAAUCCGGUGAGAAAGGAGGAAGCUGGAUGAAAUCGCAGUUGGACUCAAUUGUGCCAAAAAAAGGCAAGAGGAAGAACAGAAAGAAGGAGAUGCUGAAGUGGUUAGAUGCCUACUGCAAAAAACAGAAGACCAGUGACGAGAGCUUCGGAUGUGUUGGCCUUUGGACCAAGAUCACUGGUGAAGUGCAGGAGGGAAGCGGAAGUUGCAACUUUGAUUUGUGGAUGAAGAAAAGAGCCUCCUAUGACUGGUCCACAGACUGCCCGUGGAACCGCUGGAGAAUUUGCGAGGACGGAAAUCAGACGUGUUCAGGCACAAAGCUGACUUGGGCCACUUGUUAUGCGAAAAUGCUGAAGUGA